UUGGAACCUUUUGCUGGCAUUUGCAAAACAUGGAAGUUUGAUGCUUUCAUCUUUUCGAAACAAACUGUCCUACUUGUUCUCAUUACUCCUGCACUCGUCGUAGUUAAUGCUUUUGUUAGCGCACAAUUGUCUACACUAUACAUUACACUGUUAGCAUGCGCUAGAUGGACACUAUUCUGCAUUGAAGUUCUUCAGAGCUGUUUGUUGCAACCACAGUAUAUUUGGCAACCUCAAAGCACUGUUUCAUCUUCACUUAGCUUUCUUGAUUAGUAAACAAUAUGGCUUUCUCUGACUUUUCUGGGCUCACUAUAAAUUUCCACAAGAGCACUCUUGUACCUGUCUCCGUGGAUCCGAAUACAGCCUCUGCUAUUGCCCAGAUUCUAGGCUGCCCAGUUUCAUCCUUUCCGUGUACGUACUUGGGCCUGCCUCUCUCUUUGCACAAAAUCACACAUGGUAUGUUGCUGCCAGUCAUACAUAAGGUUGAUCGUCGCCUUUCUGGCUGGUUAGCUACUUUCUUAUCCUUAGGGGGAAGGCUGACCCUCAUUAACUCGGUGCUUGCUGGUAUUCCGAGCUAUUUCAUGUCUUGCUUUGCCUGGCCCAUGGAGUCCCUCGGAAAGUUGGAAUGUCUGUUGCGAGCUUUUUUCUGGCAAGGCAAGAGCAAGGUUAAGGGUGGCCAAUGUUUAGUAGCCUGGGAUACGGUUUCUCUGCCUCGUAUUAACGGUGGUUUGGGUAUACGACAACUGCAAGCUCACAACCAAGCUAUGAUGUGCAAGUUUGUUUCCAAGAUCCUACAAAGUUCUGACAUACCAUGCUAUAAAUGGUUCGCCACACAUUACUGCCGGGCUGCUCUUCCUCAAGGUACCAGUAGCAGGGACACGGCAAUUUGGAAAGGUUUCAAGGAUCUUAUUCCUUUGGUCAUUAACUCCUCUAGGUGUGAUUUGGGAUCUGGAACUUUGGUCUCCUUCUGGAAAGAUCAAUGGCUUGACGUGGGCCGUCUAUGUCUGAUGUAACCCACGCUGUUUUCCUUUGCGUCUUACCCAGCUUGCUCAGUGCACUCACAAUAUGUCAAUGGAGCAUGGGCCAUACAACUACAUCCUAAUCUUUCUCAAAUGGCUUCGACUGAGCUGUUGGCCUUGCACGAACUGUUGUCAGAUGUUACUCCCAAUUUACUGAAUGAAGACAAGCGCAUCCCUUCCUUGGGCUCUGGUCAGCUUAGUACAAGACACUUCUACAGCCUGCUUACUUUCCGUGGGGUUUUGACAACUUUUGAACCCUGGGUUUGGGAUUCUUUGAUCCCCCUCAAGCAUAGGAUCUUCCUUUGGCUUGCCUUCAGAGGACGUCUCAACACUAGAGAUAAUAUGGUAAAGAAGGGAUGGUCUGUGGUUGCUCCGUUUGCACAUUGUGAUGCCUGCCCUGCGGUUGAGUCAGCUGAUCACCUGUUGCUACGAUGUGCUUCAGCAUCCGUUCUAUGGGGAAAGCUGGUGCUGGAUACUUUGGCUUGUUCAGCUCCUGACAUUCUAGCUUUUGUAGAACAAGCACAGCACCAGCUCAGUUUCAAACGCAAAUGGAAUGUUGCUUUCGCGGCGUGUGCUCUUACCCUAUGGCACGCUCGGAAUGACAGGGUCUUCAACUCAAAGAUUGCAGAACGGCUUGAUGCGUUCCAAGCAUCUGGUGCUAGAAGCCAAAAUUACCUGGCCAUGUACUCUAGUAUUUUUGGUGGAAUUACCACAGAUCCCUCAGCAAUGGUGAUACCGAUUGAUGAUCACAUGGUCCAUAGAGGACAUGGUGUUUUUGAUACUGCUGCUAUUAUGGAUGGUCACCUUUAUGAGUUAGAACAGCAUAUCGACCGCUUCCUGAAUUCUGCACAGAUGGCCAAAAUCCCAUUGCCAUUUGACCGUUCAACAAUUCGAAGCGUACUUAUUCAAACUGUGUGUGCAUCAAAAUGUUCUCAAGGAUCACUCAGGUACUGGUUGUCUGCUGGACCUGGAGACUUCCAGUUAUCUUCAUCUGGCUGUAGAAACCCAGCUCUCUACGCUGUUGUCAUUGAAAGUCCAUCUUUGCCAGAACCAUCGGGCUGCAAAGUGAUCACAUCAUCCAUACCGGUAAAGUCUCCACAGUUUGCGGUCAUGAAGAAUGUAAACUACCUUCCGAAUGCACUCACCAAGCUGGAAGGUGAGGAAAAUGGUGGGUUUACCGGCAUCUGGUUGGAUGAUGAGGGUUUCGUCGCUGAGGGUUCAAACAUGAAUGUUGGCUUUGUGACACUGAACAAGGAGCUUCUCAUGCCCCGCUUCGACAAGAUCCUGAGUGGGUGCACGGCAAAACGGGUUCUGGCCCUUGCAGAGCAGCUAGUGGAGAAUGGAAUGCUCAGUGGGAUAUCUUCAAGGAAUGUGAGUGUCCAGGAAGGGAAGGAGGCCGAUGAAAUGAUGCUCAUUGGGAGUGGAAUUCUUGUCAAACCUGUUGUUCAGUGGGAUGAUCAGAUGAUUGGCUCCGGUGAUGAAGGCCCAAUUGCUCAAACACUUUUCCACCUUAUUCUUGAGGACAUGAGAUCUGGUCCACCUUCAGUUCGUAUCCCUGUCCCUUACUGAAACCCCUGCAUUAUAGUCCUUGCAGGAUACACGUGAGCAAAGACAUAAAUACUGUAAAUUCCAUAUGUCACAUAAAAGCUACUCCCUCCGUUCCAUAAUGUAAGACGUUUUUGCAAGCUAUAUUAGCUUUCAAAAACGUCUUAUAUUAUGGGACGGAUCAGUACAUGAAUAUACUGGCAGCGGUGUUCCUUUUGGUCUUUGCAGAAAUCAUUUGGAGCCAUUCUUGUGUGUCAACCUUAUGCCUUUUUAGGCAUGUUAAAAUCAAAACACUCUUCUACUCUAGUUUGCUGCACAUAUACCUCUCAUUGAAGUGUAGGAGACAAGGCUUUUAGUGAAA